GUACAAGCGCUCUAUUCGCCAUGUACAAAGUGUUGAUUCCAUUUCUCUUGGCUGUGUCCACUAUCUUUGGAGCCAGCAUCGGCCCAAAGGGAUUAAUUCCCAGGCUAGAUGGAAAGAUAGUCGGUGGCGUAGCAACAACUAUAAAGGACUAUCCUCAUCAAAUCAGUUUAAGAUACUACGGUAGCCAUCGUUGCGGAGGAUCUAUAUUCAAGGCCGACGUUAUCAUAACUGCUUGUCACUGCACAAUCGGCAUAGCUGCGAGUAAUCUUAACAUCAAUGCUGGAACAACGUACCGAACUGUCAAUGGUCCUGUCUCACAUUCUAUCAAGAAGAUUAUUGAACACGAGGACUAUGACGGCUGGACAUACGUUAACGAUAUUUCCAUUAUGUUCCUUGAAGAGGAACUGUCAUUCACGGAUGAAAUCCAACCUAUCCCAUUGGCGAAUGCUGGAGAACAAUUGAAAGCAGGAACUAUGGUACGCGUUACGGGCUGGGGUACCCUUCAGUCUGGAGGAAUGGCUCCAGAUGAAUUGCAAGUUGUCUAUGUGAGCACGGUUGGAAGGGAGGAGUGCGAAAAGGCUUAUGAAGAAAUGAAUGAAAUCGAUGAUUCGAUGUUAUGUGCUGGUGAACAGUUUGGAGGCAAGGACUCAUGCCAAGGUGACUCCGGUGGACCACUCAUUUGUAAUGGCAAGCAGUACGGUAUUGUGUCAUGGGGCUACGGAUGUGCUUUCCCAGAUUAUCCCGGAGUAUAUUCUAAUAUUGCUUAUCUCAGGCCUUGGAUUGAUCUGAAAGUAAAGAUUUCUUUGACUUAGAAAUUAGAAUGCUAGUGUAAGAGUGAAAGGUGCUAUAUCUAAUGCAUAUUGUUAUUAAUUUUCGUUGAAGUGAAGUUUGUGAGAAUAGAAAUAAAAUAAAAAAAAUGCCUC